AUCCGUCACUAGUGUAUCCGGACCUCCUCUUGCCGCCUGUUUCACUUCGUUCCCAAUUUCCCUCCUUGUGACUGGCACCAACCUAAGACUCGUACAAAUAUAUCAACUCUCGUGACUCCUGUGGCGACACUUAUAUUGUUCAUGUCGGGAUGGGCGCUAAGGCUCCAGAGCACGAGCGUAGUGAUGGGCAUGGAAACCCGCCCAGCCUGGAUACGUCCAACUCCAUCUGCGGAGGGGAGCCCCGCGGCUCGCACCAGCGACAAGACGGAGAUGGCUGUCUCGGAAAUGGCGGGGGUGACAAUGAUGACGAUGACGACGACGGCGACGACGACGACGACAACGGGAGUGACGGCGACAACCACCGUGACGUAGACCCAGCUGCGGCAGAUGGCCGAGCGAAUAAGAAGAAGCGCAGGAAGCGCAGCAAGAAGAAGUCCAAGAAGAAGAGCAAGGCGAACGCGCCCAUCGAGCAGUCCUGGCCUCCGAGGAUUCCGCUGGACCAGCUCUUCCCUGCUGGCAACUUCCCCGAAGGCGAAGUGCAGGAAUACCAGGCCACGGCACGGACUACGGCGGCGGAGAUCCGCUACAACAACCGGCGGAAAUGCUGGGAAGACGAGACCUUUCUCGGCAACUACCGCAAGGCUGCCGAGAUCCACCGUCAGACCCGCCGGUGGGUGCGGGAGACGGCCAAGCCCGGCCAGUCCCUCCACGACAUCGCGACGGGCAUCGAGGACAGCGUCAGGGCGCUGCUGGACAAUGCCGGCCUGGGGCCCGGAGACGGGCUGAAGUCUGGCAUGGGCUUUCCCACGGGCCUGUGUCUCAACCAUCAGGUGGCCCAUUACACGCCCAACCCUGGCCAGAAGCCGGUCGUGCUGCAGCAGCAGGACGUCUUGACCGUCGACUUUGGCGUUCACAUCAACGGCUGGAUCGUCGACAGCGCCUUUACCAUGGCGUUUGACCCGACCUAUGACAACCUCCUUGCCGCGGUCCGCGACGCGACUAACACGGGUGUGAAGACUGCCGGAGUCGACGUCCGCAUCAGCGAUGUGAGCGCCGCCAUUCAGGAAGUCAUUGAGAGCUAUGAGGUCGAGAUACGCGGCAAGACGUACCGCGUCAAGCCCGUCCGCAACCUCUGCGCUCACGACAUCAAGCAGUACCGCAUCCACGGCGGCAAGUCCAUUCCGUUUGUGAAGAACCGCGACCAGACCAAGAUGGAAGAGGGCGAGGUGUUUGCCAUCGAGACGUUUGGGUCUACCGGGCGUGGCUACACCGUUGAUGACGUUGGCGUCUACGGUUACGGGCUCAACUACAAUGCCCCGCUUAAUGUGCCCGUGCCUCUGUCCUCGGCCAAGCGGCUCCACAAGACGAUCCGAGAGAACUUUGGCACCAUCGUCUUCUGCCGUCGCUAUCUCGAGCGUCUCGGCGUCGAGAAGUAUCUGGCUGGCAUGAAUUGCCUGAUCCAGAAUGGGAUCGUGGAAGAGUACGUGCCUCUUAUGGACAUUAAGGGGUCGUAUUCGGCCCAGUUCGAGCACACUUUUCUCCUUCGCGAGACGCAUAAGGAGGUCUUCAGCCGUGGAGACGACUAUUAACAUGGGUGAUUGUUGUUGUUGGUGGUGGUUGUGGCAAGUCUAGGCAUUUGAUUGAUCGCUCUCGCGUUCUCGUGUGAUUCGGCGCCCGCCAGUUCUUCUGCUUCCUUCGCCUGUAUUCCAUCAAGAUCAACGCUAGAGACUUCCCUUGAAGGAAAGCACCUGGUUGGCAGUGGCGCCAGCCAACACAUGUUU